GGUUGAGGCUGAAAAGGCUGCUCUGCAUGAUGAGUUGGCUGCGGCUGCGGCUGCGGCUGCGGCUGCGGCUGCGGCUGCGGCGGCGGCGCCAGUAGUCGUGCCGACAGAGGCUGUAACCCUGGCCGCAGAGCCGAUGAUCUCGCCGGUGGAGGUGGUGACGGUGCAGGCAGUGAGCAGUGCGCCGGAGGCCACUACAGAAGGGUCAUUUGCAGAUUGGUCGGGUGUUAUGUCAGCAGUGAAGGAGCUGAAUGCGUCUGUUGGUGUGCAGGUGGAGGAGGAAGUGGAGGAAGCAUCGAGUGCAUCGCUGUUGGAGGACCAAUUGAGAUCGGUUUGCGUGAAGGUGCAGGAAAUGCAGAAUGCUUGGAAGGAUGAGGCAACCAGGAGAGCUGAAAUGGAACUGCAAGUGAAGGCAUUAGAGUCUGACCUGUGCGCUGCCAAUGCGAGGUGUCAGGCCAUGGAGGCUGCUGCAGAAGGUAGGUCAGCGAUGCUGAAGGAUCAAGCCCUGUCUAGUGAUGGGCAGGAUGAGGAGGAGGAUCUGUCUGCUCGGUUGAAGGAGAUGUGUCGACGGCUGUUGGAAAGUCUUUCGGCAGUCGGUGUUGAUGUGAACGGUGAUGCAGAGGACCCGAUUGGUUUGCUGGACGACGCCGUUAGGAAGUUGUGUGAGGAUAGAAGACGUCUGGCAGAUAAGGUGGCGACAAGUGAAGAGGAGGAAGGUGAGCUGAAGCGUACGAUAGAACUGUUGACGGCGGAAGUAGAGGCAACUCGUGGCAAACUGGACGACGCGUUGGCAAUGCAAGGCCAGUUGGAGGCGACGUGCAAGUCUGAUGAAAGUCAGCUUGAGGAGCUGAGUGGUGCGUUGGAGGUUCUGUUGUCGAGUUUGUCCUCAAAGGUGAAGGAGCUGGAGAAGAUAGUGAGUGAAGAUGGGUGUGUCGAUAAGGAGAAGUUUGAAGCGAAGAUGGAAGAAUUGAAGCAGGAGAAGAUGACGUUGGACGGUGUUGUUGAGCAGUUGAAAGGAGAGAACGCGAGACUG